UAGUUUGUCCUCCUCACCUUUGAUGAUGCAGUUAACGUCAAUAACAUGGUGCUAUACCGCAGCUUACUCGGGAAUCGUCGGAGCUCCAACAACUGUCCUGUUGCGGCCACCUUCUUCGUGAACCACGAAUACACCGACUACACUCUGGUCAACGAGCUGUACAAUGCUGGCCAUGAAAUCGCUCUCCAUUCCAUCACUCAUCAAGUCCCGACCGACUAUUGGAGGGAUGCUGACUACGCCACCAUGAUGAGAGAGAUUGGUGACCAACGAAGUCAGAUUGCUCAUUUUGCGAAUAUUCCCAUUAACACUGUCCACGGUGUUCGUUUACCGUUCCUCCAAAUGUCUGGAAAUGCUUCCUUCCAAAUGAUGGCCAGUGCCGGACUUACUUACGACAUAAGUUGGCCCACCAACGCCCUUAGAGAGCCGGGUUUAUGGCCUUAUACCCUCAACUUUAGAUCGACUCAAGACUGUGUAAUCCCUCCGUGCCCAACUGCAUCAAUUCCUGGUCCAUGGGUCAUUCCCAUGAUCACCUGGACUGAUUUGCAAGGACUACCCUGCUCAAUGGUCGACAAUUGUUUCCACCACCCUCACGGAGCGGAUCAAGAAGGCUGGUUCCAGUUCAUCAUGCGCAACUUCCAGAGACACUAUAACGGAAACCGUGCGCCUUUCGGCUUCUACGUACACGAAUGGUUCGUCCGGAUCAAUCCUGGCCUCAGAUUUGCGUUGGAGCGAUUCUUAGAUUUCCUCAGCAACCUCGAUGAUGCAUUCAUGGUCAACGCCAAGGAAGUGGCUAACUGGGUGCAGAACCCUGUCUCAGUCAACAAUUACCGUCAGAGACCAUGCAGGAGCCAUGUGCGUGCCCCAUGCAGCGCCACCUUCUGCGGACCCUUGCGCGCUCCUGCCGACAACAAAAACUACUACAUGCAGGUGUGCAGCAGAUGCCCGCGAGUCUACCCCUGGAUUAACAACCCCCUUGGAUUGUAAAAGAGAAGAUACACUGAUAACUAGCGGCCCAGUCAAGCUUCGCUUUGACUUCUUCAACUUGACAACUUCACCCCAUUGGCUAGUACUACCUAAGCAACUAAUAAGCUAUAGCUAUAUAGACGACAAACAGAAACUUUAGCCGCUUAUAAUAUAUGGGUUGGCAAUUAUUUUGACCGUCAUCAGUCAGUCAGAUUCUGUAAAUUUUAUAAUUGACAGAAUCAAGACCGGGAGCCGCAGCAGAAAAAACUGAAACCGGUAAUUUACACAUAUAUCUCUGACUGAGAGUUACUUAAUUGUUCCUUUAGCCGGGGAUACCCUUGGGACAUGGAGUCGCAGUGCCAAAAAAAUCCCCGGAUCAUUUUACCGCGGCUAGUUGACAGAAGCUGACUCAUUUUUGCACAAAGGAUCAGCCUGGCUAUCUAGGGCGAGAAAUGAAGCCAGUAUUCUAGCCACAAUACAAUGUGGGCAUAAUUUGUAUAGUCAUUAGGAUAAGUUAGUUUAAGUUCCGUUGUAUUCUUUUUUUUAUUUAUAAAAAUAAUAUUAAAUGCACCAUGUUUAAAAAAAAUAUAAUUAAAUAAAUCUCCCGA